AUCGAAGAAAGACUCGCAAUUUUCCUCGAGUAUUAUCUUUUCUUUCUCUCUGUCUCUCUGGGCUUUCUACACAAUUUGCAUUGCAAUUCGCAUUGUAAUCUUUUGUAUUCCAUUUCUCUCUCAUUCUCUCUGCAGCAGUUGGAAGCUUCCCGAAAUAGAUAGAUCCCUAUUUCCCUGUUGUGUCGAUUUGUAUCUUCCAAUCACUCCCUUUUUGUUCCGUUGAGUCAAUUUUGCGGGAGAGAAAUUCCGGGGAGGACGGAGUUUGGUGAAUUGAAUUGGCUCUGUUUUCGGCAAUCCAAUUUGGGGAUUAGGGUUUACAGCCGAGGAUGAUAAUCAAGAAGAAUCUGAAAUCGCAAAUGCCGAGUCUGAAGCGGUGCAAAUUGGGCGAUUCCGAGGAGGAAGAGAGCUCGGGGAGGAAGAAGAGGAAGACCAACGGGUAUUACCCGCUCAAUUUGCUCGGUGAGGUCGCCGCCGGGAUUAUUCCGGUGAGUUUUCGGGGCUUGCUUGGGGCGGAGAAGGGUGGGUUUUCGUGGUGCACGGAAGUGUCGUGCUCGCCGCCGCCUCCGGAGGAGGAGGAGGAGGAGGCGGUGGUGGAGUCGAAAUCGAAGGCUGGUAAGUCUGCAAAAGCCAAGGCGGCGGAGGUGUCGAGGCCGCCGCUGGUGAGGACUUCGAGGGGACGAGUUCAGGUACUGCCGUCGAGGUUUAAUGACUCGGUUAUUGAGAAUUGGAAGAAAGAGAGCAAGAGUAAUGUGCGUGAUAAUGUGGAAGAUGAGAAGCCGAGCUUGAAGCCCCAGAAGAAUGGGAAGAAGGUAAGGAGUAAUGCUGAGAGGAUUGGGUAUGGUUCAAAGAAGUAUUCGGGUUUGUGUGAAGAUGAAGAAGAAGAGGAGGAGGAGGAGGAGGAGGAAGAAGAAGAAGAAGAAGAAGAAGUGGAAGAAGAGGAAGAAGAGGAAGAAGGGUAUAUGCCGUAUAAGAGUUAUAACAUGAGGAAGUAUAACUCCGGCUCGCGUAGUACACUCACUUCAAGGAAAGACGGGUUGUAUGGACCAGAAGACUUUUAUUCCGGUGAUAUAGUGUGGGCAAAGCCGGGGAAGAAGGAGCCCUUCUGGCCUGCCAUUGUUAUUGAUCCAAUGACGCAAGCGCCGGAGUUGGUUCUGAGGGCUUGCAUACCUGAUGCAGCCUGUGUCAUGUUUUUCGGGUACUCUGGGAAUGAGAACCAAAGGGAUUAUGCCUGGGUUAAAAGGGGAUCGCUUUUUCCGUUUAUGGAUUAUAUAGGCAGGUUUCAAGAGCAGUCUGAACUAGGAAACUGCAAGCCUUGUGAUUUCCAGAUGGCAACUGAGGAGGCAUUUUUGGUGGAACAAGGAUUUACAGAGAAGUUGUUAGCAGAUAUAAACAUGGCAGCUGGGAACCCAGUGUAUGAUGAAUCUCUACCUAGAGGAGUUCAAGAGGCUACUGGUUCCAAUCAUGAUCUGGACUAUCAGUUUGUUGACCAGGCAAGUUCUCCUAAGAUCACUUUUUUUCAAAGAGUACCCUGCGAAGGCUGCGGCUCGGACCUCAAACUGCCAAAGAAACUGAAGGUUCCAACUUCUGGAGGUCAUUUCCUUUGUAAAUCAUGUGCAAAGUUAACAAAACCGAAACAUAUUUGUGGCAUAUGCAAGAAGUGGAAUCAUUCUGAAAGUGGAAGUUGGGUCCGGUGUGAUGGUUGCCGAGUAUGGGUGCAUGCAGAAUGUGAUAGAAUUAACACCAAUUAUUUUAAGAAUUUGGGGGGCAUCACUGAUUAUUUCUGUCCUCCUUGCAAAGUAAAGUUUAACUUCGAAUUGUCAGAUUCUGAAAAGGAGCAACCAAAAGUCAAAUCUAAUAAAAAUGAGGCACAACUGGUGCUGCCUAACAAGGUUACUGUUCUCUGUAACGGUGUGGAAGGCAUUUAUUUUCCAAGUCUUCACUCUGUUGUGUGCAAGUGUGGGUACUGCGGGACAGAAAAGCAAGCACUUAGUGAAUGGGAGCGACACACAGGUUCCAAGUCCAGAAAUUGGAGGACCAGUGUCAGAGUUAAAGGCUCCUUACUGGCACUGGAACAAUGGAUGCUUCAGCUAGCAGAGUUUCAUGAAAAUGCUCUUGUGUCUGUUAAACCUCCUAAACGACCUUCUAUAAAAGAACGGAAGCAGAAGCUGCUUACUUUUUUGCAAGAAAAGUAUGAACCGGUUUAUGCGAAGUGGACAACAGAACGAUGUGCUGUAUGUAGAUGGGUUGAAGAUUGGGACUACAACAAAAUCAUCAUAUGCAACAGAUGUCAAAUAGCCGUUCAUCAAGAAUGCUAUGGAGCAAGACAUGUCCGAGAUUUCACUUCAUGGGUGUGCAAAGCAUGUGAGAAACCAGAAUUCAAGCGAGAAUGUUGCCUCUGUCCUGUUAAAGGAGGUGCUUUAAAGCCAACGGAUAUCGAGACAUUGUGGGUUCAUAUUACUUGCGCUUGGUUUAGACCUGAAGUGUCAUUCGCAAGUGAUGAGAAGAUGGAGCCUGCUCUUGGGAUCUUGAGUAUUCCAUCUAAUUCUUUUGUUAAGAUUUGUGUUAUCUGUAAGCAAAUCCAUGGUUCAUGCACGCAAUGUAGCAGGUGCUCCACUUAUUACCAUGCCAUGUGUGCAUCCAGAGCAGGGUACCGCAUGGAGUUGCACUCUCUAGAGAAAAAUGGGAAACAGAUUACGAAAAUGGUUUCCUACUGCGCUUAUCACAGGGCUCCAAAUCCAGAUACGGUCUUAAUUAUACAGACUCCUCUAGGAGUGUUUUCAGCCAAAAGCCUUCUCCAAACUAAGAAGAAGCCUGGUUCAAGGCUAAUUUCAUCUAAUAGAAUAAAGUUGGAAGAGGUUCCAACUGUUGAAACCACUGAACCUGAACCUGAGCCAUUAUGUUCUGCAAGGUGCCGAAUAUUUAAAAGAUUGAAAGAUAGUAGAAAGAGAACAGAAGAAGAAGCUGUUGCUCACCAAGUGAUGGGACAUUCCCAUCAUCCCUUGGAAGCAAUUCGAAGUUUGAACAAAUUCAGAGUAGUAGAGGAACCUCUAACUUUUUCAUCUUUUAGAGAACGGCUUUACCAUUUACAGAGAACCGAAAAUGAUCGUGUUUGCUUUGGUAGAUCCGGGAUACAUGGAUGGGGUCUCUUUGCACGCAGAAACAUUCAGGAAGGAGAAAUGGUUCUUGAAUACCGUGGGGAACAGGUGAGGGGCAGUGUAGCAGAUUUGAGGGAGGCGCGCUAUAGAUCCGAAGGCAAAGAUUGCUACCUCUUUAAGAUUAGCGAAGAAGUGGUAGUAGAUGCCACCGAUAAAGGAAAUAUAGCACGGCUGAUCAAUCAUUCGUGCAUGCCCAAUUGUUAUGCGAGGAUCAUGAGUGUUGGUGAUGAGGAAAGUCGGAUUGUACUUAUUGCAAAGACUAAUGUGUCUGCUGAUGAUGAGCUAACGUAUGAUUACUUGUUUGAUCCAAAUGAGCCUGAUGAAUUCAAAGUUCCUUGUCUAUGUAAAGCUCCCAACUGCCGGAAAUUCAUGAAUUAGUAGGAAGGACGAAAAUGAUAUGUGUGCACUUUUGCUGCACUUGCACAGCCAUUGUUUCACCGCAAAGAACAAACACUAACCCAUUCCCCUACCCUGCGGGAUCUCACAGUUCAUAUACCGAAUUUGUAUUUUUUUCCUAGGAAAAGAAGAAAAAAAAGAAGAAAAGAAAGUAGAGUACUGUUUUGCUUCUGUUUAUAUAUUUUUGGGUGGACAAACUUCUAAGCUUAAUAAAAGCUAUAGUUUUUGGUUGUGGGCUGUUGUGUAUAUUUGCCUUUCUAUGAAGUAACCAUGUUCGUUUUCAUUGGAAUUGUACCAUUGGUUUUGCUAUUCUAAGAGAGACAGUUAUCCCACUAGGAAUGAAGAAGUUGCUC